AUGAGGGCGCCCGCGCUGCUGCCGCCCGCGCUGCUGACCUGCUGCGGCUGGCUGCUCGCCCCGGUGAGCAGUAUUCACCCAGAAUGCCGAUUUCAUCUGGAAAUUCAGGAGGAAGAAAUGAGAUGUGCAGAGCUUCUAAGGACUCAAACAGAAAAACACAAAGCUUGCAGCGGCGUCUGGGACAACAUUACUUGCUGGCGCCCCGCGGAUGUUGGCGAGACCGUCACGGUGCCCUGUCCAAAACUGUUCAGCAAUUUUUACAGCAAACCAGGAAACAUAAGCAAGAACUGCACCAGUGACGGGUGGUCAGAGACAUUCCCGGAUUUCAUGGACGCGUGUGGCUACAGCGACCCUGAGGAUGAGAGCAAGAUCACGUUCUACAUUCUGGUGAAGGCCAUUUACACCCUGGGCUACAGCACCUCUCUGAUCUCCCUUACAACAGGAAGCAUAAUUCUUUGCCUCUUCAGGAAGCUGCACUGCACCCGGAACUACAUCCACCUGAACCUGUUCCUGUCCUUCAUGCUGCGGGCCGUCGCGGUGCUGGUCAAGGACGACGUGCUGUACUCGAGCUCCGAGAGGCUACACUGCCCAGACCUGCCGUUCUCCUGGGUGGGCUGCAAGCUGAGCCUGGUCUUCUUCCAGUACUGCAUCAUGGCCAACUUCUACUGGCUGCUGGUGGAGGGGCUUUACCUCCACACCCUGCUCGUGGUCAUCUUCGCCCCCGGCCGGCGCUUCCGGGCCUACCUCCUGAUCGGAUGGGGCAUCCCCACCGUCAGCACGGGUGCGUGGGUUGUGGCCCGGCUCUUGCUGGAGGACACGGGUUGCUGGGACACCAGUGACCACAGUGUUCCUUGGUGGGUUAUACGAACACCGAUUUUGAUUUCUAUUAUAGUCAAUUUCAUCUUUUUCGUUAGUAUUAUACGAAUUUUACGGCAGAAGUUGACGUCCCCAGAUGUCGGCAGCAACGACCAGUCACAGUACAAGAGGCUGGCCAAGUCCACCCUGCUGCUCAUCCCACUGUUUGGCGUCCACUACAUGGUGUUCGCAGUGUUUCCCAUCGGCAUCUCCUCCAAGUACCAGAUUCUGUUUGAGCUGUGCCUCGGAUCCUUUCAGGGCCUGGUGGUGGCGGUUCUCUACUGCUUCCUGAACAGCGAGGUGCAGAGCGAGCUGAGACGCACGUGGCGUGGCCUGUGGCCCAGCCGGCCCUCCGCCCGGGACCGCCGGCUGCACAGCCUGUCCAUCUCCAGGACCGGCUCGGACGGCGCCCUGCAGGGCUCCCGCGCCCCUUCCCUCCUGCAGACGGAGACCUCGGUCAUCUAG